AUGGCUGCUACUUACUUUCCAGUUCCUGGAUCCGUGUCAUAUGUUGACGACAUUGUAUUCGAUGAGGGUGCCGACAAAGAAAGGGUUGCUGCCAUGAGACCGUUCACUCUACUCACUGCAUUGUGCGCCGCCGUUGCUUCUAUCUAUCCAGACUCAAUCUUGGCAUACCGCGAUCUGGUUGCUACACCUUUUCUACAGGCAUCAAGGAGGAUGAUUAAGGUGUACGAAGAUUACGAUACACAGUACCCCGAUUCGAGCUCUUUGGCUAUUCGUCUUUUUCAGUCAGCAGCGCUUCAGCAUUCAGCUGGCAAGACGCCCUUGGCAUGGCAUGUUCUAAGUCAAGGAGGUCUCCUCGCUCAACAUCUCCGACUUCAUGACGAGCAUGUUCUGUCAAAGUACGACUCUUUAGAGUCCACCCUUCUCCGAAACAAUUUCUGGAUGCUCUAUGUUUGCGAUAAAGCUGCCAUUUCUCUAGCGAAUCGGCACGUCACCUUGCAUGAGCCCUUAUUCGACUCAACUAUGACUAUCAAGGAAAGCGACAUGGUGAGGGUUCCCCUGCUCGACCCGAGCAUGAGGAAUGUGCCAGAUUCGUUUGAGGACACCCUUAUGGUGGGCUUCCACUUGAUUCAACGCUGCUGGGCAUCAGCUGGCCGUCUACUUCUGGCAAUCAGAUCGAAGAGACAAAACACCACUCUCAACAGCUCGACAGCAGAAACGACGUCAGCCACUGAGAAGGAAGCAAUGACCAACAUGUACAUCGAAGUCAUGAGUCUUUUAGACGACCUGCCUCCUUGGCUUAACUCGCCUGACACGGUCGAUCUGGACGCUCAGUAUGAUGUUGCUUUCCAACGAUCUUGUUUCUGGACGCAGAAAUCUCGGCUUGUUGCUAUGUUUCAUGGCGUUAGGAUCAUGGUACUUCGGCAAUGCAUUGAGUAUGGCCUGAUGAGUCUCAUUGGACUCAAUGAUGAUCCAUUGACACUGGCUAUGGAGCAGAUCAAUAUUGCCAGGGACGUCGUGCAUAGUCUGACAAGUGUCCCUUUUCAGUACAUUCAAACCAAUGGAGAACCUGGUGUGAGUUUCCUGUAG